AUGGCCCUUGGUUGGACAACACAGUCGUUGCCCAACUUGCCCGUAUCCCAAAAAUGUGCGAUGGAUACCAAUACUUUCUUGUGGGAAAUAAGACAGGACAAGCCCAAGGAAUACGCUGUUCUCAUGUAUGAUGCUUUUGGGAAACAGGGUAGCAAUGUUGAAGGAGGUAAUGCAAACCAGCCUGGCCAGCUGCAGCAGUGUCGCUCUGCCCAUAAUCCUUCCUUCUCUGGACAGUACUGCCAAGUGUUUCUCAAGCAGGGAACCAUCCAGUAUUUUGUGGGUAUCUGUGUCCCAGACUCUUGUGAUGAAGAGGAGGUGCAAACGUUGGUGCUGUACGAUACAUUUAAGAUGGGGCACAGAUCCCUCAUACAGCAAUUACCUUCUAUUCUGGUCAAUGAGUCCACUCAGGAGAUGUUUAUGACUCACUGUUUGUCUAACAGCAUUGCCCCUGAUGCAUCAGAUGUCGCGUGCCUGUUUGUAGUUUGCACAAUGCUGGCGAUUCCCCUUGCGGCCACGCUGUUCUUGGCUACAGUCACGUGGCAACGGAACCGAGCGGUGAUGCCAACUACAGAGUCCGUCUGUUUAAGCACUGGCCUCAACCAGUAUGGCACCCUGAAGACCAAUGGUUCUAUGGGUGGCGAAGUGAGUGACAGCAGCAGGCAUGGAUCUUCGUGUUUUCCCAAAAGCUGCGUAUACCAGUGCCUCCAGGCCUUCUCCCUUCAGACGACGAGCCGGGGUAUCUUCAGCACCUCCUCAGGUUUCCCCGAAGACGGUUACUGCUCCUUGAAUGGCAUCCGCAUCCUCAGCCUGUUAUGGAUCAUGUGCGGACAUUCUGCACAAUUUCCUGUGAUAAAUAACCUGGAUAACUACAAAGACUGGAAGAAAACAGUAGAAAGCAGCCCUCUUUAUGUGUUUUCUCUCAGUGGGCCUGUUUUUCUGGCUGUAGAUACCUUCCUACUGCUGGGGGGUCUACUUAGCGCCAGGUCUCUACUGGGCUCCAUCCAAAGUGCUGAAGACAAGCUGAGUCCUGGUCUGGUGGUGGCCUACCUCUUCAGGAGGUUCAAAAGGAUCCAGCCGCUGCAUAUCUUUGUAAUGUGUCUCACCGUUGGCCUUAUCUCUCUGGUCCACUGGGGUCCUUACUGGUUUCCAUUCAUAGACAACUUGAUGGAUUGUAAAACGUACUGGUGGGGGAACUUGUUAUUGAUUAGCAAUCUCCUCCCUGUCCAUGAGAUAUGUGUUCCCUGGACGUGGUACCUCUCUUUGGACUUCCAGUGUUAUGCCACCACUCCCCUACUGGUCUAUUUCUACAGAUUGAAUAGAGGUGUCUUUGCAGCCAUGGCAGGAGGCCUCCUGUUGAUGACUACGUUGGCUGGUUCUCUAGUCACGGGACUCAUGCAGCUGCCCGUCUUCCAGCCAUCUACGCUGACAUCAGAGAACUAUGUCCUGUAUUAUUAUGUGAAGCCGCACACCAGAUAUGGACCGUUUUUAAUAGGAAUCUUAACCGGAAUAUACCUGUCGACUAAAAAAGGCCAACUCUUAAAGCAUAAGUGGCAGGCGGUGCUUGGUUGGUUGUGUUGUCUGUCAGUCUUGGCGGCGUUGAUAGGAUUGGCCUACGCCCUGCGGGGGAUCCCUGCGCACCCUUCCCUGCCGCAUGCUCUCUACCAGGGACUGCACAGACCGAUCUGGGGUCUGGCCAUCACCUGGAUCAUCCUGGCCUGCGAGGAGGGCUACGGAGGCUUUAUCAAUAGCCUCUUGUCAUUCUCUCUGUGGGUCCCACUGGCCAGAAUCAGUUUCGCCUGCUACUUGAUCCAUCCUGUCUACAUCCUGGUCUACACCGGACUACAAGAGACACCCAUCCACUACACGGACAUCAACUUUAUGUACCUGUUCCUGGGACACCUGGUGCUCACACUUGGGACGAGCGUGGUCUUAACAGUUCUGGUCGAGAAGCCCUACGUCCUCCUCAAAUGGAACCGUAAAGACGACCCACCUCAACAAUGA